AUGUUUGUCUAUGAAGGCAGACUCAAUUGGGGCAGUUCCGCUCGCGAUGAGACUGCUGCCAUCAUUUUACCUUCCGGCACGAUGCGUGCAGGAGACCCUGUCUUUAUCCUAUCCCAAUGGACCCGCGAUUCCGGGGGAAAUAAGAAGGCACCCUUAUCCCAGAAGAUAACUAUCGACAAGGUCACCAAGACAGCCAACGGCGAUGACACCUUUAACGUCAAGCCAGGCUACUACAGAUGGAACAUGACCUCUCGUGACCAAUACGACAAGCUUGACUUUAUCUUAUCUACAGACACUACUACGUCUAAGAGCAAAAUGGACUUCCAGCGCGUCUGGAAGCCUACAAACGCACUAUCAAAAGAUGCCGGCAAGAUCUGGGUCAGCAAGCUCAACUGGCCCAACAUGGCAGAUAAUGAAUUUUGUUUAUUCAUUGCUGCUGAAGGUUUUGGAGAGGGGAAGCCUUUCCUCUCAAUGUGGCAGUGGUCCCAUGAUAAAUAUCUCAAUGAAAGAGUGCCAAUUUUCCGGGUUGGGAAACAGAGCAUUGGCACGCUUGAUAGCAAGUCUGCCUUGUUCACUUGUCAACUGGACUCGGACUACUUGGUUACCUGUGCCUGGGAAAAGACAACUGAAGUCCUUAGUAUCUUUAUGAAGGGACCCGAGGGCGAGCAGGAGGUAGGCGCGUUCAAGCUAUUCGCAAAUACCAAGCCUCACGACGAGGCUCCAGAUUGCGGAAAAGAAGUUGCCGAGCUGAAAAAAAGGAUUAAAGAGUUAGCUAAUGAUCUCGCUGCUGAGAGAGCAAAGAAUGCUCGCUUGACGGCACAGCUUGCCCAAUCCCAAGCUGAGCAGAUGUAG